AUAAAAUCCCCAUGCACCCUCUUCUCUAAAUAUCGCAGUAUCACAAAUAUGACAACCCUAGUUUCUUUCUUUUCCACUUUUCAAAAUGCUUCAUCACAUAACAUUCACUCAACUAGGUCUCCUUACCCAACAAUCACAGCAGCUAAAUCACUUCAAAUCCGCAAAAACACACUAAACCAACAAACCUUUGAUCAAAAUAUCAACAAUCCAUUACCCUUCAAAAAACUACCACUUCUUGCAACCAUCUUCAACACACUAGAUAACUUCAUAUGCGACUUCCUCGACCUUCCCCUCGCCCCAUUUCUCGACCCCAAACAAGUCCUCUCCGGCAACUUCGCCCCCGUGGAGGAGCUCCCCCCGACCGCCUGCGACGCCGUGGAGGGCUCCCUCCCCAGCUGCCUCGACGGCGGGGCCUACAUCCGCAACGGCCCAAACCCUAACUUCUUCCCAAAGGGGCCCUACCAUUUCUUCGAAGGCGAUGGGAUGCUUCACAUGAUCAAAUUCUCCCACGGCAAAGCCACAUUCUGCUGCCGCUACGUCAACACACACAAGCACGCAGUGGAGAGUGAAUUCGGCUAUCCUUUUGUCCCAAGCAUCUUCUCCUCCUUCAGUGGCGGCCUAUUAUCUUCGAUCUCCCGCUUCCUCCUGACUGCAGCUAGGGUUAGCGCCGGCCAAUUCGAUCCGAUCAAGCACGGAUUCGGCACCGCCAACACCAAUUUAGCCCUAAUUUCCGGCCGCCUCUUCGCCCUCUGCGAGUCCGAUCUCCCCUACGCCGUCCAAUUGACACCGGAGGGAGACAUAAUCACCCUCGGCCGCCACGAUUUCGGAUCGCCGGAGCCGUUUCACCGGAUGACGGCGCAUCCGAAGGUGGAUGUGGUGACCGGAGAGGCCUUCGCCUACGAAUACGGCAGCGGCGCGCGUCCGUUCCUGACGUAUUUCCGGAUCGAUUCGAGCGGGAAAAAGCACAGAUCUGUGGCGAUAAACUCAAUCGAGAGGCCGAUUUCGAUUCACGACUUCGCGGUGACGGAGAAGUACGCCGUGAUACCGGAUAUGCAGAUCGUGGUGGAUCCGUGGCUGAUUUUGCGGGGGAGGACGCCGGUGGGGGUGGAUCGGGGGAAGGUGGCGAGAUUGGGGGUUAUUCCCAAGUAUGCGGAGGAUGAGGCGGAGAGCGUGUGGAUUGAGGCGGCGGGGUUUAAUCCGCUGCACUGCGUGAAUGCGUGGGAUGAAGACGGCGGCGACACGGUGUGCGUGGUGGCGACGAAUGCGGCGGCGGUGGAUCGGUUGAUGGAAAACAUUGAUUGCGCGGAGAUGACGAUGGAGAUGGUGGUGGUGGAUUUGAAAGGGAAGAAGGUGGAGAGGUAUAAGUUGUGUGAUGAGUUUCUCGAAUUUGGAAUCAUCAAUCCUGCUUAUGCUGCUAAGAAAAACAGGUACAUUUAUGCAGUAAUACUAGGGGAGAAACGGUCGGUUGGGGUGGUGAAGCUAGACCUAACCCUACUAAACAAGGAGGUUGGUGGCGAUUGCACGGUGGCCGAGCGCCAGUUUGAGCCGGGCUGCCACGGUGGCGAACCGUUUUUUGUGGCGAGGGAGCCGAACAAUCCGGCAGCGGAGGAGGACGACGGCUAUUUAGUAGCAUAUUUUCACUAUGGCAGAAGUGAAGAAUCGAAAUUUGUGGUAAUGGAUGCCAAGUCUCCUACUCUAGAGAUAAUCGCCAGCGUGAAGCUGCCGCAGCGCAUGCCCAUGGGCUUCCACGGCCUCUUUAUGUCGGAGACUGACCUUCAAACUAAUUAUAUUAAAUAAAAACUUAAAUGUUGAUUCAGUCAACUAUUUCCGUAA